CAAUCAUCACCUAAGUCGCCCAUAGUUACGCUACGCACGGUCUUCCGCAUUGCCAUUGCUAGCAACAAGCAUAGACGGGAGCUAGGAAAAGCGUAGACACCGCAGCGCCCACGCUCACGUCUAGACUGUGGGGCAUCGCCCUCUCGCCACGAUGCAUAUCAAAACCAUCACCAUCCAGGGCUUCAAGAGCUACCGCGACCAGGUAGCCGUCGACCCCUUCAGCCCUGGACUCAACGUCGUUGUCGGACGCAAUGGCUCAGGCAAGUCCAACUUCUUCUCUGCUAUCCGCUUCGUCCUCUCCGAUGCGUACACUUCCAUGUCGCGCGAGGAGCGCCAGGGCUUGCUGCACGACUCUUCUACGUCGACUUCUACCACUCUCUCCGCGUGCGUGGAGAUCGUCUUUGACAACACCGACGGGCGCUUUCCCACCAAUGGCGAAGAAGUCAUCCUGCGUCGAACAAUCGGUCUGAAGAAGGACGAGUACUCCAUUGACCGCCGCAGCGCAUCAAAGGCAGACAUCGCCAAUCUCCUUGAGGCGGCUGGCUUUUCGCGCGCCAAUCCUUACUACAUCGUGCCGCAAGGGCGUAUCACCCACUUGACCAACAUCAAGGACUCGGAGCGAUUGAAUCUACUCAAGGAGGUGGCGGGUACGCGCGUCUACGAGACGAGGCGCGCAGAGUCGCUCAAGUUGAUGAAUGAUACCGACUCGAAGCGGACGAAGAUCGAGGACCUGCUUAAAUACAUCGAGGAGAGACUGGCAGAGCUGGAUGAGGAGAGGGAAGAGCUCAAGAACUACUACGAUCAGGACAAGGAACGACGCUGCCUCGAGUAUGCCAUCUAUCAACGCGAGCUAGGGGAAGUGCAGGGCCUGCUCGAAGAGCUCGAGGUGCAUCGCAACACAGACGCAGAGACUUCGACUGCUCGCCGUGCCGAGUUCCAAGACCGCGACCGCACUCUGGCGCGUAUCGAGCUCGCCUUGACCGAGAAAAAGCAGGCCCAGGCUCAGCAGCAGCUCGAAAAGGAAACUCUCGUGGAGGAAGGGCGAGAGCUCGCACGGUCGCUAGCUCAGCUCGACGCGCAGGUCAAGGACGACGAAGAGAGCAGCGACCGCAUCGAGGAGCGUCGCGCGUCACUGCAGGCCAGGCUGGACGAGGUAGAACAAGAGAUCAGCGAGAAGGAAGGCGAGCUCAUGAGUGUCGUGCCGGAGUGGGAAGAGAAGACCGCAAGCCUUGAGGAGAUCCGUCAAUCGUUGUCCGAAGUGAAGUCUCGCCUUGCCAUUCUCAUGGCCAAGGGGGGUCGCUCAGCUCAGUUCGCAACUCAAGCCGAGCGAGAUGCAGCGCUGCGUGACCAGGUCGAGCAGCUGCAAGCCGUCGAGAAGACGCAAACGGACCGCUCUGCCGAUGUCGACGCGACGAGGGCCGACAUUCGCCGCAAGCUCAGCGAGGUUGAGAAGACGAUGCAGGCUCGCCAGGACCAGCUCGAGGAGCGUCGCAGGACAAAGGAGCAGUCGAGCACGGUCUGGAGCGAGAAGAAGGCUCGUCGCGAGGAGCUGUCAGAGAAGAAGAAGGAGCUGUGGAAGGACGAGACGAAGCUGUCCUCGAGCGUCGCCUUUGCUCGUGAGCAGCUCAAUGAAGCACAGAGGGCGCUGGGUGGCAUGAUGGACAAGGCCACCGCCAACGGCCUUCAAGCUGUCGAGCGCAUUGCGAAGCAGCAGAACCUGGCUGGCGUCUAUGGUCCGCUUUAUCAGCUCUUCAGCGUUGACUCGGUGUACCAGACUGCGGCCGAGGUCACCGGCGGCAACUCGCUCUUCCACGUCGUAGUCGAUACCGACGAGACGGCAAGCAAGGUUCUGGAGGUCAUGAACCGCGAAAAGUCAGGGCGCGUAACCUUUAUGCCUCUCAACCGACUCAACCCCAAGGACCAAUCAUACCCAAACGACGAAGAAGCUGUUCCGCUCCUGAACAAGCUCAAGUUCAACGCACGCCACGCGAACGCCAUGAAGCAGGUCUUCGGCAAGAUGCUCGUCUGCCCGAAUCUCGACCUCGCUGGCCUCUACGUUCGCAGUCACGGCCUCAACGCCAUCACGCUCGAGGGAGACAAGGUCGAGAAGCGCGGUGCGCUCACUGGUGGAUACCACGACCCUCGCCGCUCUCGCCUCGACACAAUUCGCCAGGUCAAGCGAUGGCGUGAAGCCCUUGACAAGGACAGCGCACAACUCGAGCAGAUCAAGCGCUCCACGCUCGAGAUGGAGCAGGAGAUCAAUACGCUCACCGGCGAGCUCCAGACGCUCGAGGCUCGCAUUGCGCAAGCGUCCAACAGCCGUGGGCCUCUCCUCGAGGAGCUGCAGUGGCUUCGCAGCGAGGAAGUCGAUGUACGCGGGCAGCUGGCAGCCGCUGAGCGUGAACAUGCCACGAUUCAGCGAGACCUGCGAGCAGCCAAGACGGAGAGAGAGGCCCUCGAGGAGGAGAUCGAGACGCCGAUGCAGCAAGGCUUGUCAGCAGACGAGCAGAGCGAGCGCAUCGACCUGCAGUCGCGAGAGGACGACCUGACGAAGCAGGCAAACGAGCUCUCUGCGCGCGUGGCUGAGCUUACUACCAACAAGAACUCGUUGCAGAUCGACAUCGAUGAGCUCCUCAAGCGCGAGCGUGACAGUCUCAGCGGACAGCUCGAGGAUAUUGGGGAAAACCUCGUAGGCUCAGCUCCCGCCGGCGGCAGCAAUGCCGAUGCUCGCCGUGGCGAGCUAGACCGUAUUCGCCAACAACGGGACGACCGCAAGGCUCGCGUCAACGAGCUGGAGGCCGAGCUCGAGUCCCUGACGAAGGAGGUGGCCAAGAUUCAAGAAGAGCACGACGCUGUCCAUGCCUCUCAGCUUGAGACUGCGCGUCAGAUCGAGAAACACCAGAAGAGCAUUGAUCGCUACAUCUCGAAGCGCAGUCGCCUGCAAGAGCAGAAGGACAAGGCCAAUGCCCAUAUUCGUGACCUAGGCGUGCUGCCGGAGGAGGCAUAUGAGAAGUACACGAACUUCGAGUCCAAGUCCAACUCGAUGGAUCGACUGAUCAAGCGAUUGCACAAGGUUAACGAGGCACUGAAGGAGUUCUCGGGAGUCAACAAGAAGGCCGUCGAGCAGUACAACAACUUCACCAAGCAGCGCGACCAGUUGACGCAAAGACAAGCGGAGCUGGAGAAGUCGGCUGACUCUAUCCAAGAGCUGAUCGAGGUGCUCGACCAACGCAAGGACGAGGCCAUUGAGCGCACCUUCAAGCAAGUCAGCAAGAACUUCGAGGAGGUCUUCGCGCGAUUGGUGCCCGCUGGGCGUGGGCGCUUGAUCAUGCAAAAGCGCAUCGAGCGGGCUGGCGGCGAAGACGACGACGAGGACGACGACGAGGAGCGCUCUGGCAUCGACAACUAUGCGGGCGUUUCAAUCAAGGUCUCCUUCAACUCCAAGUCGGACGAAGGGCUCCGGAUCCAACAGCUCUCCGGCGGCCAGAAGUCUCUCGUAGCCCUCGCCACCGUCUUCGCCAUCCAAAAAUGCGACCCAGCCCCCUUCUACCUCUUCGACGAGAUCGACGCCAACCUCGAUGCGCAGUACCGUACCGCGGUGGCGGCUAUGAUCUCCGAGCUGAGCGAUACGGCGCAAUUCAUUACCACGACGUUCAGGGGCGAGAUGGUGCAGGUCGCGAGCAAGCAUUAUGGUGUGACGUUCGAUGCCAGUAAGGUGUCGAAUAUCAGGACUAUCGAGUUGGACGAUGCGGUCAACUUCGUCGAGGCUGCUGCUGCUGUGUGAGGGCCGCGGCCUCAGCUGAACACCACGAUGACCAUCUAGCUUCGCUCCUUAGCUCUUCUUUUUCCUGCCUGUACUUGUACGCUUCUCGUUUGCCUCAAUCUACAAUGUCAAAGCUUCAGUCACGCUCG